AUGGAUGCUCGUGAUUUUGUUGGCGGUGUGAAAGUGGAAAAUAAUGCGGGGAUUGUGAAACUCCGCAGUGUGAAAUGCGUUGCGAAGGCUAUUCGCGUUGGUGAGAUCUGUUUUGUGGUUAUUCUGUUGUUGUGGAUUUUCACUCGUUUGCCUUUCGCGGUGAGGAUUUCCGGCGAGUAUUUCCGUCAAAUAAUCGGUUUGAUACUUAGUCCUUCUUUCAUUUUCAUCCUAUGCAACUUCAUCGUCCUCACUCUCCUCUUAAAGUCCGACCGCCUUUCCGCCGACUCUUCGAUUUUCCGGAAUGUCGCUGGAGCUGAUGAAGUACUCUAUGACUUGUUUCUCCAAAAUACCGAGUUUUCCGCUGAUUUCUCGUCCGGAAACUCUUCUCUGGUUCCGAAAAGUGAAGCUCAAGAGACUAUGUACGAAGACAAACAGAUGAUUUUUGAAGAGAGCACAGUGACAAAUCAGGUAUCAUUCGGUUCCAAAAAAACGGAAACGGUUAUGAACAAGGCAUUAGCGAAGCCGAAAGUUCCAAGGAGAACUCAAUCGGAGAAGCUGAAUAAGGAAAACGUGGAGGAAAUUUCCGUAAAGCUCCCGAGAUCGGAGACAGAGAAAUGCCGGAAAGUCACAAAUCCCGGCGAUGUAUCACCGGAGACAGCUCAUGAAGUAGACGAACUAAGCAACGAAGAGUUUCAGAAAGCCAUAGAAAACUUCAUUGCUAAGCAAACCAAAUUUCAUCAACAAGAGAAAUCGGCCAUUGUCCUCCAUAGCCAAGCCUAA